CGUGGCCCUGCAGAACGCCACCUCCCCUGUCAUGGAGUUUUGGGAGCGCCGGGUCCUGGCCAUCUCAGACGGGAUCGAGCACAUCGGGAACCUCCGCGGGGAGCUGGCCUUGUGUCUCCUGGCAGCCUGGACUAUCUGCUACUUCUGCAUCUGGAAGGGGACCAAGUCCACAGGGAAGGUGGUGUACGUCACCGCGACGUUCCCCUACAUCAUGCUGCUGAUCCUCCUGAUCCGAGGGGUCACAUUGCCAGGGGCCUCCGAGGGCAUCAAGUUCUACCUGUACCCUGACCUCUCCCGGCUCUCCGACCCGCAGGUCUGGGUGGAUGCCGGGACGCAGAUCUUUUUCUCCUAUGCCAUCUGCCUGGGUUGUCUGACUGCUCUGGGGAGUUACAACAACUAUAACAACAACUGCUACAGGGACUGCAUCAUGCUCUGCUGCCUGAACAGCGGCACCAGCUUCGUGGCCGGAUUUGCCAUCUUCUCCGUCCUGGGCUUCAUGGCAUAUGAGCAGGGGGUGCCCAUAGCUGAGGUGGCAGAGUCAGGCCCAGGGCUGGCCUUCAUCGCGUACCCCAAGGCUGUCACCAUGAUGCCCCUGUCCCCCCUGUGGGCCACCUUGUUCUUCAUGAUGCUCAUCUUCCUGGGCCUGGACAGCCAGUUUGUGUGCGUGGAGAGCCUCGUGACGGCCGUGGUCGACAUGUACCCCAAGGUGUUCCGGAGAGGCUACCGGCGCGAGCUGCUCAUCCUGGCCCUGUCGGUCGUCUCCUACUUUCUGGGCCUGGUGAUGCUGACGGAGCUCUUCGACUCCUACGCCGCCAGCGGCAUGUGCCUGCUCUUCGUGGCCAUCUUCGAGUGCGUCUGCAUCGGCUGGGUGUACGGAAGCAACCGCUUCUAUGAUAACAUCGAAGACAUGAUUGGCUACCGGCCACUGUCACUCAUCAAAUGGUGCUGGAAGGUCGUCACCCCCGGGAUCUGUGCGGGCAUCUUCAUCUUCUUCCUGGUCAAGUACAAGCCGCUCAAGUACAACAACAUCUACACCUACCCCGCCUGGGGCUACGGCAUCGGCUGGCUCAUGGCCCUGUCCUCCAUGGUCUGCAUCCCUCUCUGGGUCUUCAUCAAGGUGUGGAAGACAGAGGGGACGCUGCCCGAGAAGCUCCGGAGGUUGACGAUCCCCAGCGCCGAUCUGAAGAUGCGGGGCAAGCUGGGGGCAGGCCCACGGACGGUGAUGGUCAAUGACUGUGACGCCAAACUCAAGGGCGAUGGGUCCAUCGCCACCAUCACAGAGAAGGAGACGCACUUCUGAGCCGGCGCCCUGGGACCGCUCCCCCCGCGUGUACAGGUCUCCCUGCAGCACCCACUUCAUCUAACGGUAGACGCGCGCCGAUUCGCACAGGGUUUAUUAACAAGUUAAUUUUACAGUGGCCGUGUCCACCCCGGUUAAAGUCACAGACCCUCCUCGCCCCCGCUCUCUGGAAGUAACACUACGAGAGAUAAUACUGUACAGCGACUAGCAGAACCUCCCUGUGCUCCCACGCUCUUAACCAGUGUUUCUAGGGGUUAGGAAGAACUGUACCAUAUGGCAAACUUUUAUGUUCGGGCCGUGGCGCGGACGGGGCGGGAGCCAGGCCUGGCCUCCUCGUCAGCCUUUGAACGCA